GGAAAGCAAGAUGUCUAAUAAAACCAAGGAAUCUGAUAAGACUAAGACUCCUGACAAGCUUGACAAGUUUCUCGCUGGUGGGGAUAUUACUCUCAACUGUCUCAUUUCUGAUGAGGGAGUAAAUGAUAUUUUUGAAGUAACGAUAUCUAACGCUAACAAUAAUAAAGUCUCUUCUCUCGUGAAGGCAAUCAGAACUUAUUGUCUAGAUCGAUUUCAAGAUAUAGAUUCGACCAAUUUGGCUUUAUAUAGGGUCACAUUUAUAGCUGAUAGUGUCAUAAUCAACAGCUUAAGAAAUAUCAGUGAAUUUGAAGUAGAAAGUGCAAUAAGAAUGGAAUUGCAAGACACAAUUUUUACUCAUUUUCCUAUACAACCCCAAUGUAUCUUUGGUGGUGAAAAGGGAAUUAAUGUUAUCGUAUACCCUUCUGCUGAAAGGGUGCUGGAAGUACUAAGCAAAGAUAAUUAGAUUUUUUUAUCUAUAUUUCAUUAUCAUGUAAUAGCGAUACAGUCACAAUUUUUAUGUAUUGUAAGCCA